GGUAUAAGUGAUAAAAGAUAUGUAUUAUUAAAUAAUCAAGAAGUAGAGAUAGAAGGAUAUAAAGCAUUGGACAUAAUUUCUCGUAAGUCUCAGAUUGCCUGUACUUCAACAGCACCUGAUGCGUUUGGUAAAUCUGAUAUUUACGCCGAUUCCAAACCACCCUCAUAUCCUAGACCGAUUAUAGGAAUUAUACAUGGGGCAAAGUUGUCAGAGGCACGGAGUUUUGAAGAUAUAAGUUUUGACCCAAGAAGUGAACCCAUUAAGAGAUGUACGUCACUUACAACUUUAUAUAAAGACGUGCCGGAAACCAAUAACACAGAUUCUCUCACAUUUAUGACUUUAUUUAUCAAUCUGGAUACAGACCACAACUGUUUAACUAUCAGUCUAGAUAAGUUAUACAAUGUAUUAAAAAUCGACUUAUAUAAUGAUAUACAUAUUUGGUUACGAGUUUUCCCAGAUCAUCCUGAAGGAUUCCAUAGUCAACCAGUUCAUGCUGCCAAAAAUUUGGAGUUCAUUGAUAUAUUUAGAUUGAAAGAUCAGACUGUUGAAAAUUUGAUUAAAUCGACAUUUCGUCUUACUGUUUUGGGAAAAGAUUCAAAGAAAAAAUCCCACAGGGAGUCUAUUAUAUGUGAAGGUUUUGUAAAUGGACGGGAUAUAGAUUGGAAAUCAGCACAAAAUAAUGAGAUUAAGGUAUAUUUCAAGAGAAAAUGGAUGAAAAAGAUGAGUACAUCAAAUAAGUUUUUAGAAAGCGAUUUGGGAGAAUUAUUUGUUUUGUUACAAUACCAAUCAAUGGCGAAACGAAUGAAGGUGUUGAUAAGGAAAGCCAAUAACCUACCAAAAUCAGAUAAGCUCAUCGGAGUACCAGGUCAUAGUGUGGUCAUCAACUUAUAUAAAGAUGGUGAAAUCGUUUCAAGUCGUGAAACUCAGGUGCAAGGAGGACUGCAUCCAGUUUGGAAUCAACCAUUUUUAUUUACCAUACCCAAUGAACAUCAUGAUUCUUACAAUUUGGAAUUUAUUAUAAAAAGGAAUAGAAGAUAUACUAAAGAUAAUAUUAUAGGUCAUGUCCUGGUUGGCCCUGGUGCACCAAAAAGCGGUGGAGAUCAAUGGCAAGAGGCUAUGAAACCGCGGGGACUUGAAUGUGCUCUCUGGCAUAAUAUCACACCGAUAUUUACAUACAGAAAUUAAUUGUUCUGCAUAAUGAGAAGAUACAAUUUAGGCAUCAUAAAUGAGUAUUGGUGUUUUCUUGUCUCCUGUAAUAAUUCUUCUUCUUGUCAUUAUAAAUGUACAUCACCCCUUGGUUUAAUUAAUAUUCAUUUUUUGGGAAUAAAAUGCAGUAAGU